CCGGCAGCCCGCGUGGCUGUGUCUGCUGUGUCCGUCCGUCCUUCCGUCCGUCUGUCCGUCCCGAGCGCGCGCCCGCGGCAGGUGCAGGGCGGGGCUCGCGGUCCCGGGCGGGGGUGCUCCCGCAUCCAGGGUGCGCGUUGCGUUCCCGCCCCGGAGGCGAGCCGGGCACGGGCGGGGGUCCUGUUCUCCAGCGCGUAGGGACUCCUGCACCCGCCCGGAGCCGCCCAGGCAAGAUCAGAGCGGCCCCAUCAUGGGCUGGGGAUCCGGCGGGAGCUGCACCCCGCGCCCACCCAUCCGCCAGCAGCCAGCGUCGGAGCCCCGCGUGGUCACUGUGAUCUUCCUCGGCCUCCUGCUGGACCUCCUGGCCUUCACUCUGUUGCUGCCCCUGCUGCCUGGGCUGCUGGAGAGCCACAGCCGUGCCCACGACCCCCUCUAUGGCUCAUGGCAGCGAGGGGUGGACUGGUUUGCUGCAGCCAUCGGGAUGCCAGCAGAGAAGAGGUACAACAGUGUCCUGUUCGGAGGUCUGAUUGGCUCAGUCUUCUCCUUCCUGCAGUUCGUCUCAGCGCCACUUGCAGGGGCAGUGUCUGACUGCCUGGGGAGGCGCCCAGUGAUGCUGCUGUCCCUGGCUGGUCUGGCCGCCUCGUAUGCCGUGUGGGCUGCCUCCAAGAGCUUCGCGGCCUUCCUGGCCUCCAGAGUGAUUGGAGGCAUCAGCAAGGGGAAUGUCAGCCUCUCCACGGCCAUCGUCGCUGACCUGGGCUCACCUCCUGCCCACAGCCGAGGCAUGGCAGUCAUCGGGGUGGCCUUCUCACUGGGCUUCACACUGGGCCCCAUGCUUGGCGCCUCCCUGCCCCUGGAGAUGGCACCUUGGCUUGCCCUGCUCUUCGCAGUCUCUGACCUGCUGUUCAUCUUCUGCUUCCUGCCAGAGACGCUGCCCCCAGAGAAGCGGGCAUCCUCCAUCACCCUGGGAUUCCAAGCUGCUGCCGACCUGCUCAACCCCCUGGCCCUGCUCCACUUCUCGGCUGUGGCCCAUGGCCAGGACCCACCCACUGCAGACAGGCUUGGCAGUCUGCGCCGCUUGGGCCUGGUCUACUUCCUCUACCUCUUCCUGUUCUCGGGCCUGGAGUACACAUUGAGCUUCCUCGCACACCAGCGCUUCCAGUUCAGCAGCCUGCAGCAGGGGAAGAUGUUUUUCUUCAUCGGUCUCACCAUGGCCACCAUCCAGGGCGCCUACGCCCGGCGGAUCAGCCCUGGCAGGGAAAUUGCAGCUGUGAAGCGGGCCAUCCUGCUGCUCGUGCCCGCCUUCCUCCUCAUCGGCUGGGGGCACACGCUGCCUGUGCUGGGCUUGGGGCUGCUGCUCUACUCCUUCGCCGCUGCUGUCGUGGUGCCCUGCCUGUCCUCCGUGGUCGCUGGCUAUGGCUCACCCAGGCAGAAGGGCACAGUCAUGGGCACACUGCGGAGCCUGGGUGCCCUGGCUAGGGCGGCAGGGCCCAUGGUGGCUGCCUCAGUGUACUGGCUGGCCGGGGCCAGGGUCUGCUACACCGUGUGCUCAGGGCUCUUCCUGCUCCCCUUCCUCCUUCUGCGGAACCUGAGGCCUCCAGCACAGACAGUGAAGGCCGAGUAGCUGAACUGGCCCUGCCCCAGCCUGGGGGAGCUGAGGCAGGAAGUGGGAGGCCUAGGGCCAGGACCACUCCCCACUGCCCCCUUGACCCCUUCCUUUCCCCUGGGGCCCAGCCCAGGAAGGCCCAGGGCCUACAGCCCCAGGGGACCCAAGACACUCCUCUCCCACUCCCUGGUGUGGACCUGGGCAGCCCUGUGGAGCAAGGUCAGUGACUCCAAAACCUUCCAAGCUUUCUGCCUGCUUUUUACGCAGCGACACAGGAGAUCAGUCAAGCCUCUGAAUGACAGAAUAUAGCAGCUAUUUUAUACCAAGUGCCUUUCUCUAGUACACAGCUCUGCCUCAUCACUCACCACCCUGGGAGACCCCUAGGCACCAGAAGCAGCAGCUUGAGCUGAAUGGCUUCUAGAGCUCCAUUGACAAGAAGAGUACAAGGCUCCCCACAAACCUCAGUGUCCCUUCUGCACGAUGGUGAGGGUGGGAAGCCAGAUGCAGGACCCUCCAAGCCUGAGGUAUGCCCUGCACCCCGGCACACUGGGGAGGAGGGGCCCCUCUGCUGGGCCCUCCCUAUCACAAAGCCCGCCUCUACCUGUCUGCUCAGCUGCAGCGAGGCUGAGACUUUGGGGUCUGCUCAGGCUGGGGACACAGGAGUGUCAGGACAGCUUUCUGGUGCUCUGUGGGCCCUGCCCAGCAGGCCCGUGGCCACCACCUUCUGUCCCAGUGGAGAAGCAAGCUGGCACUGAGGCAGGCAGCUCUCCCCAGUCCAAAGCGACAGUGUUUAAUCAAGAAAUAAACACUUGGGGAUCUUUUUUUGGAACGUGAGAUGAACUUCUGGAAGUCCUAUUUUAAAGGAACAAAGAAAAAAUUAAAAUGUAAAACUGCUUCCCAGAUUUAGAUAAGGUAACUGCUUAAAGAAUUUUAUUUGUGAGUAAAACAUGUUACAGUGAAGAAAGGACGUAGGACCUGUCCUCCCAAGCCUGUGUCGUAUAUGCCACUAAACUUCAUGUUGUAAUACAAAGAGUUAAAAUAAACUACAAAAGUGAAAUUAAA